CCAAUGAAUAUUGCAUGGGGCUCUCAGGCUGAGCUUUUGGUGCUGAUGACUUGAAUUUGAGCCUUGGCGGAGUGGGUGAGCAGAGGAUGGGGAUGCUCCCAGAGAGCGCAGCAGCUCGCUCCCAUCCGUCCCCCCUCUGAAAUGUGAUCAUAAACCAGUGCAGAUCGCUCGCUCAGCAAAGGGGGGAAGAUGUUUUGCGCCAAACUGAAAGAGCUGAAGAUAUCAGGAGAGUGCCCGUUCUCCGGCGGCGCCAAAAACGACACGCUGGGGGACUUUGAGGAGAGCUCUGUUGAUUCUGCGGAUUUAUCGCCUAUUUCUAAAGACGUGCAUGGAAAAAUAAAUGAGGAUGUACCUCGACAGAAGACAAGCAGAACCAAAGUUAACCUGCACACUCUUGGAGACAGCAUCCGAAAAUUGGCAUGUCCUGAGUUUCAAAGGCUGCACACUGCUCUCCAAAGAAUGAUGACACUAGCAGAGCACAGCAGGGAUAUUGGGAGUCCAGCAGCUUGCUGUGCUCGCUACCAAAAUUCCAGGGAUGACCUGGAGCAUUUACUUGAGAUGAUGAACAGUUAUUCAACCAAAACAGCGAUCCCGAUGGAAGCUUUGGAGAUUGCUCUCGGCGAGGAGAUCUUCAAUAUGUGCUAUGAGGAGGACAAGCACAUUCUGACAGUGGUGGGGGGUGCUCUGCACGACUUCCUCAACAGCUUCAAUGUCUUGUUGAAACAGAGCAGUGUGCCGCCCAACCCAGACAAAGAGGAUUGUGUAAACGAACCAUCGGUUCUGUGCUUAGACAAGGAUCCUGACCUGCUUACUGUCUAUUUCUUUAACCCCCGCCCCACCACUGAGCUUUUUUUCCCAGGUGUCAUUAAAGCCGCUGCACGCCUGCUGUAUAACACUAGUGUGGAUGUGUUGAAAGAUCCCCCCAAUGCUAAAGACAGCAUCUUGCAGUCCAGCCCUCAGCCUAGUCUCCUGUACACAGUUGUAGUGAAGGAUGCUAAAACCCACAGCCCCAGUCCACUUCGUGCCACCUCAGCUGGGACCCUCCCUACGUCCUUGUUCUCCACUAUAUUCCCUUUCCACUUGAUUCUUGACCAGGACUUGGUUCUGGUCCAAAUAGGACACGGACUUCGGAAGAGACUGUGUAGGAAGGAUGGACUGAGACGGCCUUCCAAUUUCCAAGAACACUUCUCCAUUAUCUCUCCACAGAUCAAAUGCAGCUUUCAGGGUAUUCUGACCAUGCUGAAUGCACAGUUUAUCAUUCGGAUCAAACAAGGGGUCUCAAAUGCAGAAAACACAGGCAAGCCCAUGGACCUUAAAGGCCAGAUGAUUUACGUCUCUGAGUCAAAUGCCAUCUUGUUCUUGGGCUCGCCUUGCGUAGACAAGCUUGAGGAGCUAACGGGUCGGGGCCUCUACCUGUCAGACAUCCCCAUCCAUAACGCCCUGCGGGAUGUGGUCCUGGUUGGUGAGCAGGCAAAGGCCCAGGAUGGUUUGAAGAAGAGGCUGGGAAAGGCCAAGGCAGCCCUGGAGCACGCUCACCAAGCCUUGGAGGAGGAGAAAAAGAAGACUGUGGACCUCCUCUAUUGCAUCUUCCCUGGAAAAGUGGCACAACAGCUGUGGCAGGGUGAAACAGUCCAGGCUAAGAAGUUUGAGCAAGUUACAAUGCUGUUCUCUGACAUCGUUGGAUUCACGGCUAUUUGUUCAGUCUGUACACCGAUGCAAGUGAUCACCAUGCUCAGUGAGCUGUACACCAGGUUUGACCACCAUUGUGGAGAGUUGGAUGUGUAUAAGGUGGAGACCAUCGGUGAUGCUUAUUGUGUGGCUGGUGGCUUGCAUAAAGAGAGUGAGACUCAUGCUGUCCAGAUUGCACUCAUGGCUCUGAAAAUGAUGGAGCUGUCAGACGAUGUCAUGACGCCAACAGGGGAACCGAUACAGAUGCGAAUUGGGCUCCACAGUGGCUCAGUGUUGGCAGGUGUAGUUGGAGUGAAGAUGCCACGUUACUGCCUUUUUGGGAACAAUGUUACAUUGGCAAAUAAGUUUGAAUCGGGAAGUCAGCCGAGGAAAAUCAACAUCAGCCCUACAACCCACAGAUUGCUGAGAGGUCGUCCAGAGUUUGUCUUUGUUCCCAGGAGCAGACAGGAGCUUCCGGCCAACUUCCCAGAAGAAGUCCCUGGUGUUUGUUACUUUCUGGAGGCGGCCACCAAAACUUCCCGACCUACAACUUUAUGAGGCCUAUAUGGUAGAUAAGGAAAGGCUUCAAUGAAGAACACAGCUGUAUUGUUUAAUUUGAUUUGAAUCUUUGUUGUUUUCAAGUAAAACUAUCACAGCAGCUGUUAAACCGUGAAAAUGACAGUUUAUUGUCAAACAUGACGUCUCUGUACCCAUUUGUAGAAGAGAUAAGCCCAGUUCAUCUUUCUUCCACAAUGAGUCAUCUCUGCAUUUUUGAGAUCUUUCAAGCAAGUGUUGUCAUAUUGUGCUUAUAUCAGAGAUGUUGAUAGUCAGGGCAAGACUUAGGGACUGUUUUUUUUUUCUUUUUAAGCAGCAAGGUAAAGCUUAAAAAUAAAAUGUGUUCAAUAAAGAAAAGCACAGGAUUUCUUUUUAAGCAUCUUGCAUAGUAUGAUUGUUAUUGUCAUGUGUUUUUAUCAUAUAGUGAAAUUUGAUACAAAAAUACAUUUUUGAUGUAGCUACAGACUUGUGCUUAACAGUUCAAAUGUUUAAUUUGCUUUUGUAUAAAGCUUUUAAAAAUAUCUAUACAGUCGGAAUAUAAAAUAAUGGUGCGUUUGAUUUGUACACAAAAGUCAGAAUUUUCAAUUUCCAUCUUGGAAACAUUUAAUAGAAAAGAAAUUCUUAUUCUAUUUGAUUAACUAUAUACCCCUAAAUGGCUUUUCUAUCUAUUAAGCAUAGCUACAACUGCACAAAUGAUUUGUUUUUAAUCGUAAUAGGAAAGGACACAUAGUACUGUAAAAUGUAUGUACAUGUUUCUUUAACAUUUAAAAGAAAUUAAUGUAUUUAAUUGCAAAUUAUUGUUAGCAGUACCAAGGUUAAUGACACUCCCAGUGGGUUUUAAAUAAAACUAUUUGUUUCCAUGAAAAAAUCCAACGCAUCAUUUUAACUUUAUAUACCGACAAAGUCAUCAUAUAAUUAUUUUACCUGCAAAUCGCACUUCUCUUAAUGGCAGUGAUUCAACAUACAUUUUAGAGGAUUUGUGUUCUAAGAAAUAUAUCAGAUGAUUUUUCAUUUAAAGACAUUUACCAAAAAUUAUAUAUUUUUUGUUCUAAUUUUUAUGAAAUUCUGUCAAUGCCGAGCAGAUUAAGGUGCCUUAUGGGAAGUUCACAGACAUGUGCCAACUAGAUGAAUCAUGCAUAUAAUCAACAGACAUUAUAUUCAUUCUGAAAUAGAGUACAAUAGUAUACCGGAUGAAUGACAUUUCUCCCAUAAACAUAGUAAUAGAAGUAUUUAUCUAAAUGUGUGUAGUUUGUUGACACAGAGCAUUGUCUUUAUACUAGUUUCCUAAUGAAGUAUGAUUUGUAUUUGUACUAGUCUUACUGUGCACAUCUGUACCUUAUUUGUUAUGAGUUUUAAAACACACCUUUACUAUAUUAUAAAGAUAAAAUACAGAACAAGUUCAACUAAUAUCUUUCUACCAUUCACAACAAUGUGCUUUACUUGUUAUUGAUAUCUAUCGAGGUGCAAUAA